AUGCAAACUCGCCUGCUGCCUCGAUUGGGGUCUGAUGGUCUCUUCGAUACGCUCCGUGUCAGCGCCGCCAUCACGCUCGUCUACACGCUGCGGCUGCCGAGGGCCUGGCGGCUGGUGCUCGGCGUUAUUCUUGUGGUCAAGCUGGCGCUGGUGCGCGCAGCCGACCGGGGCGAGUCCUUCGCCCGGCACGGCAACUACAACAUGAUCCUCUUCGUCGUCCUCGCCGUGCCGCUGAACCUCGUGGUGUUCGCCACGGUCCUGCUUUACCGGAGCACGCGGCAUUUCUGGCGCAUCGCCGGCGCCUUCGUCGUCUCGCUACUGCUGCUCACCAGCGUGUCGCUCGUCCGUCAGAGAGCGCGCUGGAGAGCCGGAUUCCUCGGGCGCGGCUACCAGCCCGAUGCGGCGGCGUGCUCCCAGAGCUGUCCCUUGCCGUCCAUCGACUUCGAUGCGCGGCUCACGCAGCACGACGCCCUCCUGACCAUCGACGGAUGCCCGCCGGGCCUGCCGGUUUCAUAUGACGUGCUGCCCAACACGCGCAGCUGGCCCGCGUCUGAGAAGAAAGAGUAUGUAUUGAACCGGAUGAUUGUCCAGCGCACGGUGCGGCGCGAGUAUACCGGCCGGGUGCGCCUCGACGUGCGGUCGACCGAGACGGUCAUUGCGAGAUGCGGCCACGAGGAGAAGCUGCUGCUGCGCGUCGCCCGCACGCUGCCGCCGGCGCGCGUGAGCCAAGGACGGACCGAGACGCAGCGGCCCAACAUACUGCUACUCUCCUUCGACGCCGUGUCCCGCCGGGGCUUUCACCGGCGGCUGCGGCGCACAUCCAAGCUGUUGGAGGAGCUGCACGAGCCUGGCCGGCGUUAG